CAGAUUUUUCUUCUCUAUAUUUUCUGAAAUUCUUGGCCCACUCUUCCCUCACCCUCUCUCUACUUCCAAACUCCCUUUUGCUUCUCAGAUUUUGUCUUUCGGUGGCUUUGCGUGCACUGCUUCCCCAUUACAACCGGUCCCUAAUCUAUGCUUGCAAAAUCUGAGCAGUGCGCCAUGUGGGUCUUUCGAUUCUCAUGAAACAAUAAGUGGGUUUAGAUUAAAUCGCAUCUACAGCAUUGGGAUUUGAUUUGGGAUUAGUUGCUCUAUUGUAAACCUAGUAAUUGGAAAUUGGAAGGAUACGGAAGGAGAUGGAUUAGCAGACGUCGGGGGGUUAUACGACUUCAUAACUCGUAAUUGUCGCCAAAAUGUCAUCCGGGAGUUUAAAUACACAAUUAUCUAAGAAGACUUCAAUUAUGGGUCUUAAACUAUGGGUAGUGAUCUGCCUCUGUGUUGGUAUGUUUAUCUGUGUGUUUCUCUUUUUCUUAUCAAUGUGGGUCACAUGCCAAAGAAAAUCUCGAAGAAGAUCAGACAAUUACCCCCUUUCCCAGAUACCAAAUGUCCCAAAAGACAUCAGGGUUGAUAGAGUCGGAGGUUCACAUUUUCAUAACCACAACAAUCUUGAACAUUCAUCAGCAACCACUAAUGAUGAACCGACCAAUAAGAAUUCAGGAAAGAUGAUGUUUCAACUUGGAGUGAGCAAAUCUGGUGAUGCUGAUAAUGUAAGUCAAAGCAGUUCUAUUUAUGAAAGGGGAUCCAAGUCAAAGUCAGGUGAAGAAGGAACUUCUGGAAUGGUCUGGAAACAAUCUUCAUCUCCAUUUAUAGGGUUACCUGAAACCUCACAUUUAGGGUGGGGACACUGGUUUACUUUAAGAGACCUUGAACAAGCAACACGCCGUUUCUCCCAUGAAAAUGUGGUUGGUGAGGGUGGAUAUGGGAUUGUAUAUAAAGGAACAUUGAUCAAUGGGACAGAGGUAGCAGUGAAGAAGCUUCUUAACAAUCUGGGACAGGCUGAAAAAGAGUUUAGAGUUGAAGUGGAGGCAAUAGGACAUGUUCGACACAAGAAUCUUGUGCGACUUCUAGGCUACUGCAUAGAAGGAACACAUAGGAUGCUUGUUUAUGAAUAUGUGGACAAUGGAAACCUUGAACAAUGGCUUCAUGGAGAUGUUCAGGAAUGUGGUGUUCUUACAUGGGAAGCUCGCAUGAAGGUCCUUCUUGGUAUUGCAAAAGCGCUUGCUUACUUGCAUGAAGCUAUAGAACCAAAAGUUGUGCAUCGAGACAUAAAAUCUAGCAAUAUUUUAAUCGACCAUGACUUCAACGGGAAACUUUCUGAUUUUGGAUUGGCCAAGCUUUUGGAUGCAGGAGAAAGUCACAUAAAUACAAGAGUUAUGGGAACAUUCGGUUAUGUGGCUCCAGAAUACGCGAAUACUGGCAUGUUAAAUGAAAAAAGUGAUAUUUAUAGUUUUGGUGUGUUGCUUCUAGAAGCAGUAACUGGAAGGGAUCCAGUGGAUUACAAUCGCUCUGCUAACGAGGUGAAUCUUGUUGAGUGGCUUAAAAUGAUGGUGGGAAAUAGAAGAGCUGAGGAAGUUGUUGACCCGAGUCUUGACCCGAAACCCUCGACACAUGCUUUAAAACGUGCACUUUUAGUGGCACUUAGAUGUGUUGAUCCUGACUCUGAGAAACGACCUAAAAUGAGUCAAGUUGUCAGAAUGCUUGAUGCAGAUUUCCCAUUUCGUGAGGAAAGAAGGAACAGGAGGAGCCGGACUGCCAGCAUGGACAGUGAAACCAUGGGUGGUACUGCUGACAUAGAACGCCCGGGCCCGGUGGUUAAAUCGGAAACCUAACAGAAUUAACAGAAAACCGUUAAAAGUUAACGGGUUGCAAUCGUUCUUGUUAGAUUACUAACAGGAGGGAGUGGUGGGGGUAUUUGAGUAAAAUUGAGAUGAAUGGAAGAGAGAUGUAAAUCACUUGUCACAUAACAAAGACAAAACAAGGGUCAAGGUUUAUUUAUUUCUUUUUCUUUUUCUUUUUCCUUUUCUUUUGUGUUGAUAAUAAUUAAGAUCAAUGAAGUUUUUGGCUCAAUUAUCUAUCUUAUUCCGUUUGGAUGGACAACUGUUAGUUGAUAUAAAUACCGUGUUGUUAAGUCGUUCCAACUUUUAAA